GCUGUUGUAGUCUGUCGGGGCGGCAGUGACUGGGGGGCUUCGUUUUGCCGUCGCCUCAUCAUUUGUCAGAGGAAAGUAUAAACAGCGUCUAAUGAAAGCAAGUGUUUGUUUUGGUGGGGGGGAUUUGCCAUCCGAAACCGAUCGGUUCUGUCUGUGUGAAAUAGGGAAUGAACGACGAGACAGCAUCGGACAGCUGGAAGAGAAACUCCGGGUGCUCCAGUGCAGUGAGGAAACAUCAGGAAGGAAAGUAGUAUUGAGCAAAUGCUGGCUGUGAAUCCCGGAAAGACGCCCAUCAGUCUGCUGCAGGAGUAUGGAACGCGGAUAGGCAAGACCCCAGUGUAUGACCUGCUGAAGGCCGAGGGACAGGCCCACCAGCCCAACUUCACAUUCCGCGUCUCCGUUGGAGAGAUCAGCUGCACCGGCCAAGGGCCCAGCAAGAAGGCAGCCAAGCACAAAGCAGCUGAGGCUGCUCUGAAGAUGCUGAAGGGAGGCCUUGGAGGUCCUGCCGGAGUCGGUAUUGGAGUGGACGGGUUUAUUGGGGUUGAUGUGUCUACUGAUGCAGAUGGUUCCCAGUCAGAGAUGAAGACCACAGGAAGUUCACAGCAGUCUGAAUGUAACCCUGUAGGGGCUCUGCAGGAACUGGUGGUGCAGAAAGGAUGGCGUUUGCCAGAGUAUACAGUCACCCAAGAGUCUGGUCCAGCACAUCGCAAAGAGUUCACCAUGACCUGCAGAGUGGAGAGAUUUGUAGAAAUUGGAAGCGGUACAUCUAAGAAGCUAGCCAAGAGAAACGCAGCAGCUAAGAUGCUAUCACGUAUACACGAUGUCCCUGUAGAUAUGAGGACCAGUAAUGAUGCUGAUGCAGAAGAUGAUACAUUUACUAUGAACAUGGGCAGCAGAGCUGAGUCGGGCAAAAGCAAAGGCUUCAGCUGCACAUGGGAUUCUCUGCGUAACUCUGCUGGUGAGAAGAUCCUCCAGCUCCGCAGCCACCCUCUGGGUAUGCCCUCUGACUCCAACUUCUGCUCUUUGCUAAGUGAACUGUCUCUGGAGCAGCGCUUUGAUGUCAGCUACUUGGAUCUAGAGGAGCGUAGUCUCAGUGGCCUGUGUCAGUGUCUAGUGGAGCUCUCCACGCAGCCAAUCACCGUGUGUCACGGCUUUGCCUCAAACAUAGAUGGUGCUCGAGCCAACGCAGCCCACAAUGCACUGCAGUACCUCAAAAUCAUGGCAGGAGGGAAAUGACAAGCCUGUCAGUUUAGUGCUCACAGACUCGAACUCACCACUACAUGAUGCCAUCAUAAAUUUCUACUUUGGAUGACGGAGGCACUUUUGUGAUGAGCUCAAAUAACAUGAAUUACCUCAAAUUUGUAAAUGAAGACUCUUUAUGCCCCAAGAUUAAUUCCUGGAUUUUUCUUCUUUUCUUUUUUUUUAAAUUCCAUUGAUUAUUGCCAGUGAAGAUGCAGUUGUCCAAAAAAAUUCCUUUUUUUUUUUUUUACUUUCUGUCUUUAUAUCGUCCUCUUUGUUUUCAUAUGAAAUUAUAAAUGGUGCUACUGCAGUAAGCCCAGUGUUGCAAAUAACUCAAGAUAAAAUUGAUGCAGUGAAAAUGAGAAAAGCAUGAAAGGGAUUUGACGAAAAUUGGGUAUGGAAUCAACCGUUUAUUGUUGCUCUGUUAAAUCCCCAUUUUUAUGCACGGAUGUAAAAAGAACCCAGCUUUAAUGAUGGAAAAUGAAGAAAAAGGGACUCUGCUGAGUUAUUAUCAGAGGACAAUUAUCUUAAAGACUGACCAUUUCCCACAUAAGCUUGUUUGAGUGUUGGAAAAAAUAUUGGUUUUAAUAUGAAAAAGUACCCGUAUUAUGCUCAUUUACAUGUUUAUGCUGUUUGGUGGGGUCUAAAGUAGGCUUAUAUGAUUUAAUGUUCAGUAAACACGUUAGUUUGCUGCAGCACAUUUUUUCACCCUCAGUCUGGAACAAUACACUUUAGGAUGUAUUUAGCCCACCCAGCCACCCGCACCCCAUUGAAACGUAUUCUCUUCUGAUUGGUCAAUUGAACUCAAAGCCACAAAAUCUUUAGAUUUAGCCACAUUAGGGCGACAUGCUUAUCUCUGAGCGAUAAUUUCAGAGGUUAAUAUAGCCAAAAUCCCAGCGUCUUUAUAAUGGGUUUUAUGUUUGUUUGUUUUUU